AUCCUGUCACUAAAGCAAAUUUGCGACAAGCUGGUAUCAAAUUACCAAGAAAUCCUAAACAACCUUUGUUUAGAUAUUACCAAUACCUAAAGAAGUUUAACUUUAGAGAUAUUCAAACAUGUAUUAAAAUAUGGUAUGAUAACACACAAAUUAUUGAUCCAGAUUUGAAAGAUUACUGGUCACGAUUUAGAAAUAAAGAUAUAAGAUCAACAGAAAUUUUUGAAAUUGCACUUUUGAAUCCUUUCACCAAUAUUAAAAAGUUACAUGUACCAUUUUAUCAUCUCGAAAAAACUAGAUUUCGUGAUGACAUGAAUAUUUUUGUACGACAUUUGUCACCGCGUGCUUUAAUGGUUCUGACUUGGCUUGGACUCUCAAAUUUUCGCCUAUGCUUGGAAUCUUUAGCAGUUCUAUCCAAUUGUCCAAAUUUAGAAACUUUGGAUGUAAAAUCUAAAUCGUUUAUUCAAGUAUUCGUUACACAUUUCCCUGACUCUCUUACUGAUCUAGACCUCGACAUGUUUAUCACAUCAACUUUAUUAAGAAAAAUUCUGAAUAUUUGUAACGUGAAUUUUAAAAAGUUGGGAUUAAAUGAUAAAUGCGGAAUUACUGAUGAUCAUUUACGAAUAUUGACUAAGUAUGCUGAGCAUUAUAAAAGUUUAGAAGAAGUUAGAUUUGACAGGUGGCCAGUAAUUUAUAAAAAUCAAGAAACGGAAAUAAAACGUAGUUACGAAUCGGGUGAAUUUUCAAAAUUAAGCAAAGCAGUACUUGAAAAGGCAGGAAGAUUUAUUAAAGUUAUCAGAAGGGAUUCAUACGACCCGUUUUUUAAUCCAAUGUAUUCCUAUUGA